AUGGAAGCACUGGAACCUCAAAACCAACACAGCCAGCACAGCCAGCCUAUUCAAGACCAAGACCUAGACCAGUCGAGCUCCACAUCAAAUUCUCAAAACAGCGAUGAUAAAGAUUGGUACCCUGGUGAUGGUAUUUGUCCGCCAGAAAGUCAAUUCCACUCAUGUCGCCAAGCCAGUCUAGAUUCCUGGAGUGAAGCAGCAUCCCGACGUGAUGGAGCAUUCAAAUCCCUAGACAUGCAUUUCUAG